AUGGUGGUGAGGCUGGACACGGCUGCUGCCAGCAUGACAGACCCCACCGAGCGCGCAGAGCUGCACGGCAGGGAGCUGCGAUCGGACAUGGCCGCCUUCAAGGCGGCAAACCACGGCGCCAUUCUGGAGGACUUUGUGGCGUGGCGGACCGACGCAGAAAGGUUGAGCCUUGACGCCUUCCCGCUGGACUGGCUCCGCGCCGUCUUCCUGGAAGUGGAGCCCCGCCCGGCGGGUGAGCAGCAGGACGCGGUGCUCUUCCGGCCAGAGCAGGACCCGCAGCCGGCGGAUUUGGAGAACAUCGACGGCACGCAGCUCCUCCUUCAGCUCUUGCGGGCCCUGCUGCGCGUUACCUUGGAGGAUCUCUCCCACUGCGCGAGCCCCGGCGGCCCGGAGGCGCUCCGCGCGCUCCACGACAGGGCCGUGGAGGCGGCGCUGGCGGCGUUUUGCCCCGCGACGAGAUCAGGCGACGCGCAUUCGCCGUUCGGCGGGGACGGCGAAGAGGACCACCUCGCAGACCGAGGUGGACGCCACGUUCGCCCCGAACGUCCAGGAGGCGGAGGAGUUCCCGAGCGAGGACCUGGCGCUCGAGGGCAAGGCGUCGCUGGCCGACUCGCUGCGGGCGAAGCUGCCGGGCCCUCCUGGCGAGCAGCUGCUCCAGGA